AUGGACUAUGUACCUCCGGAUAACUUACCAGAAUCCAACCUGUUAACUGCCAUGAUUGCAGGUUCUGUGGCUGCCUGUGCCCAAACUGCUAUAACUUAUCCCUUUGAGUUUGUCAAAACAGGCUCUCAAUUGCAUGUUGGAACGUUUGCGUCCAGAAUGAAACACCCGUCUUCAUACUUCAAAGGUUGUAAAGCUUUGAUGAUAGGAAAUACUCUGAAGGCCAGCAGCAGGUUUUUCAUUUUCAACUCAGCUUCAAAGUUCAUGGCUAACGAGAACGGAAAAACAACAGCACCAAGAGUUGUAGUUGCAGGGCUAAUGACAGGAGCCAUAGAAACGCUAUGGGUCAUCCCGUUUGAGAAUAUCAAAACUACCAUCAUUCAGAAUACGCUAGAGUUGGAAAAGGGUAAACCAGUUUCAAAGGAACCCACAAGAAUUGUGAAUAGCGUCAAAAGCGAAACAAAGGUUGUAAGAACCACCAAGUCUCCCACAGCAACCCAGCAGUCCUUUUUGAAAACGCCAAGUACUACUUUUACUCUUGCGAUCAAAGAAAUAUAUAGUACCAACGGCAUAAGGGGGUUUUUGCAAGGCUCUGGUUUGACUGUUUUUAGGCAGAUGGCCAACUCAAUGGUCUGGUUUUCUUCCUACAAUUUCAUUAAACAGGGAAUCUCCCCCAACUCAACUGAUAUCUCGGAUGUAACUAUGCUGGGAAUUGGUAUGUUAUCCUCGAUGUCUGUAGUUGCCAUCACACAGCCCAUUGAUGUGGUGAAAACAAGAAUGCAAUCCAAAGACGCAAAGCAAGUGUAUAGAGACUGGAUGACCUGCGUAGUCAGAACCAGCUUCAACGAGGGAAUUUCCAAGUUCUGGGCUGGUUGGUUGCCAAGACUGAUCAAAGUCAGCAGCAGUGGUAAUAUCACUCUAGUGACGUAUCAAUUAAUGGAGUACUUGCUGAACAACUCUAUGAACGAACAGAUUUUUACAUAA